UGGAAAAUUAUUUAUUGCUUUAUUUAUACCAAAUAAUUGUCGUGUAUUUAUUGGUAUUUUAGAUAGUAUUAGAGAAAAUCAUAUGCCAAAUUUAAAUAAAUUAUUAAAAAAUGAAUGUGAAAAAAGACUUCAAAAAGGUAUUGAUACAAAUUUAUUACCAAUAAAUGAACAUCAAUUUGAAGUUAAAGUUGAUAUGGAUAUAGAAAAUAUUUGGAAAAGAUUUAAUAAAAUUAUUUCAAAUCGUAAGUAA